UUUUAUUUAUUUUGAGCAAAAAUUUUGAAAGUUUGUGAACUUCUCUCGGUUCCAUAUUUUUCCAAUCGCGGUCAUCGUUAUAGGAACACGGUAAUUUGUUUGUGGUAUUUUCAACAGUCGGUUGAAUUGAACUAUUACAAAAUGGAUAAGGAAACGGCAGUCCUCCAGCGAAAAUUGGAGUCGGAAUUGAAAAAUUACAAAGACGCCCAGAAAGAGUUCAACAAACUGGUCCAACAACAGCAACUUUUAGAUGGGCAAUAUAAUGAGAACAAAAACGUUCUGGAAGAACUGCAACUAUUGAAACCAACAAAUACGGUUUACAAACUUUACGGUCCAGUUUUGGUGAAGCAAGAAUUGGACGACUGCAAACAGAACGUUACCAAGCGGAUCGAGUACAUAAACAAAGAACUUAAAAAGUGCACCGAUAACAUUGCCAAUUUGGAACAGAAACAGGACAAAUAUCGGGCCAACUUGCAGAAGCUGCAGCGCCAGUACCAGAGCCAGAUAGCGCUCACCAAACCCUAAUUGGCGCAUCAAAGAUCUUUUCCAUUGUAAUGUUAAAAUUUCUUAAAACAGCCCAACAGCUUUUUCUGGCUUCCGAUAGUCAAGCGAACAACCGUGUAUUGCAUUUUAUUUAUUACUAGAAAUUUUGGUUCGAUCAUGCUUGAAUAAAACUAACAUGUCAGCGUCA